GUCAGCAGAGAUCAGGAGCUGCGGCUCAGCAAGACAAUCAACCGUGAGAUAACCCAUGCAGCGAGCAAAGGGAAAGUUGGGGCAGUCCUCGACGUGACCUGGAAUCGGCUGUCGGCAAUGAACGGUGUGAACCUUGCCACCGCUUUGCAUCGCAUCGCGCGACACAGCUCUGAGGAUCCAUCACAAAUCAGUGGUGUGCAAACACAUCCAGGUUUCGGUCCAAUGAUCAAGGCCAUUGAGAGGAAAGCCAGGUUCGCUGUGGAAUCUGGCCAAGAUAGCAAUUCUGCUGAAGCCCAGUCUGCCGGCUUUCCUGCUCAGUGCACUAGUAUCAUUGCCUGGUCUUGCGCAACGCUCCUCGUGCGGGACGAAGCUAUGCUGUCAAUUCUUGCAGAGCUAGCCGGACCGCGUUUGCGUGAACUGAAGCCGUACGAGGUUACAAAUCUUAUCUGGGCUUUUGCAAAGCUUUCCAUCCCCUGUACACAGCUCUACCAGAAUGCUGCAAAGAUGAUGCAGGUGCGACAGCGUGGAGAGUACAAGGCACAAUGCCUCUCUGCAGCAGCCUGGUCAUUCGCACAAUGCUCUGCGCUAUCAAGGACAGCGCAGAAUCAGCUCUUUCGAAGCUUCGGGGACGAGAUGGCCCCACAGGUUAAUUCUUUGAAGCCCCAGGAGAUGGCCAAUACGGUCUGGUCCUUUGGGCAGGUUCGUGUGAAGCACCAGCGCCUUUUCGAGGAGGUUUGCAGUGCUACAUCACGAUUUAGCAUUUCGCAACUGACCAGCAUCUUGAUGGGAUGCGCGCAGGUGCGUUUCAACCAGCCAGAUGUCGUUGGAAAAAUCUGCGCAGUGCUUCUGCGGAAUAGCCAUGUCCUUGCGCCUGAGCAGCUGCGCCUUGGCGGUGACAGUGGCAUGCUGGUGAAAUGCAAUCGAGUGCCAGCGCCCGUGAUGCCUGCACCGAUGCGCGUCAGCAGGUCUUGCGUCCUGCGGUCCCUGGCAGAGCUCGACGCGCAGGACCGCGUCCUCCUGGUGCAGAAGCUGUUGGAGCCUGCCUCAGCAAUGGAUGCCGUGCCAAGGGAACUGCAGUCCGUCAUGGCAGCUGCCAAAUCGCUGUGCCCGCAACACCGGGCGAUGUCUGAGGAUGGCGAGAAUGACGUUUCUGUUGGGUUCGUGGUUGAGCGUGAGAUGGACGCGGGAUAUGCGAUGGACUGGGUUGGACAUUACCGGGCUGGUGGGCAUCCCGUGUGGUGGGGUCAAGCCGCACUUCCAGAUGAAGUUGACCGGCCAACGUACGAGGACCUUGGGAAUUAUUAUCCGCCACAGCGGACAACAAUCGCUGGCAAGGAGCCGAUGCUAAUGGAGGGCAAUGCUGCAAAUGGCUAUCAGGGCAUGGCUUUCUACUGCUGCUUAAAGGGAAGCUUUCGUCCUGAUCCAUUGGAAGCUGCGUAUUGUUCGUCUGGAUAUUUCAGCCCCAGCUGCACUUUAACGGCAUCCUGCAGCUUUGAAGUAACGGGUACAGGCUUCAAUGAAAAUUCUAGCGUCGCUGUGCUUGAUUCCUCUGCAGGUGCGUGUGGAAGUGGUGCAGCGCUGGAAAGCUGGCCUGGCAUCACCAACCCCAAGGUUGCGACCACAGCGGUCGAUCCGACUGCUGUGUUUGACCUUGGUACUGCAUCAGGGGGCUCUCCGGGCGACUUCAAGCUCUGUUACUCAUCCGCAGUUUCGGCUAAUGCUGAAGACUACACAACAGAGGUGGGAAAUUUCACGAUGAAGGGUCCAGUCGCCGGACAGAGCUUUACCUGUACACUUGGGUCUGAUUGCACUCUUGUGCUGAGUGGUCACAGCCAGUCAGCGACUGGUGCAGCUUACAAAGUCAUCGUUGUGCAGAAUUCCAGCUGUGGCACUGGGACUAUUGCGGCAACCUUCUCAGGCACCUUUGAGAAUCCGCGAGUUGUGUGGGACAAUGAGAAUGACGAUUAUUACGAAAUGAAGAUAGCCACCUUGGCAGAUACCACUGUCAGCUACUCUCUGUGCUGGGGUGCAGCUCCCGUCGAUGUUGAAGACUACACGUUCCUGGUGGGCAGCUUCGUGAUGACGGGGCCUACGUCUGGGAUGUCGCAUGUGUGUACGAUGGGCAAGGAUUGUAGUGUGAGUCUCCAGGGGCAAGGCUUCGGUCAGACCAAUGCUUUGCUGGUAGCGGUGGGAGCAUAUGACGUCAAUACUGGCAGUGUUUGUGCCUUGCUUGUUGACUCGCUGGUCGCGUCGCUUGGAGAUAGUUUCAUUCAUCCCUUGUUGACCGGCCAGAGCUCUCCGUACACGAGCUACGCUUUUGGACCUGCCCUUGCUUCUCAUAACAACCAGCCCGGAAGCGGAUAUCGCUUGUGUUGGGCGCCAACUCCCACGCAGACACCGCCCGCCAAGACCAACGGGGACUAUGCCAUUGAUGCUGGAUUAUUCACUUUGCAUGGCCCUGUGCAGAGCAACCACAACUGUGUUCUGACUACCUCUUGUUCAAUGACCCUGACGGGAUCCGGCUUCGAUUUGGGCGCUCACGGUUUACUUCUGCUUGAGAGCGGCGCAUCCUGUACCAACAGCAGUGCUUCCCUGGUCAACGCAUCGGAUCAGACCUGGACCAAUCCAGUCGCAGCUGCCACGGAUACCUUCUCCUUUGGCAUUGCUGCUGCAGGUAGCCCCGACAGCAACUAUGUCAUUUGCUGGGCUUUCCAGCCAGCUUCGCAGGCAGAUUACAAUGUCUUUGUGGGGACGUUCCAGCUGGGAGGCCCUAAUCUCCUUUUUGGUUCUGUGUGUAUAAAGGGCGAAGAAUGCAUUCUGACAUUGACGGGCAUUGCCCUCGCCAACACAAACAAAUUGCUCGUCAUCACGUCGAGCAGCACAUGUGGAAGUGGUGCCGUGGCUGCCACCUUCAGCCCCAUGCAGGUGGAAACCCUGGUUCAGGAUGGCACAUUCACAGAGUACAGACUGGGACGACCGAACAUCGGAACAGCACAAGCUGGCUACACUCUUUGCUGGUCCGCAAGCCCGAGUAUCACAUCAGACUUUAUGUUGACCUUGGGUGACUUCACUGUGACAGGUCCCAAUGUGCAGGAUGAGGCCUGCACAUUCGGGGUCUCGUGUGUCAUCGCGUUAAUUGGUUUGGAUCUUACAAGCACCAAUAAGGUCGUCGUGCUUUCGGCAGGCAACUGCGGGGACAAUGGGCCAACCCUAGCAUCCAUUACUGGAAUGCUGUCCACCAUCAGUGUACAGCCUCAGUCGCCUUAUGAUACCUACGACUUGAACACGCCUUUGUCUGGUCAGCCGCGCACGGAUUAUACGUUGUGCUGGUCACACGACCCUGGAGAUGGUGGGGCAUCGUUCUACAAGGUGCCAUUAGGCUACUUGACAGUAAAUGGGCCUGUACAGGUGGCGCAGCACUGCAUUCUGGGCACAUCAUGUGACAUCACUCUCACGGGUGUGGGCUUAGCAGAUACAAACCAGAUCCUGAUCAUCGACGCUGACAGCUCGUGCGGGAACUCCGACCCCACAGUGGCGGUCUUCGAUGGGCUGGUCAAUCCUGCAAGUCCACAGUCGGGCAAUCCAGCCCUGUACAACCUAGGCAUUGCGCGGACUACUUCAGACGGGCCUGGCAGUGGCUACACAGUAUGUUGGAGCAGCAAUGGCACCACCAGCGAGAGUUUCAACAUUCAGCUAGGGACAUUUUCAAUUGACGGGCCUGCUCGUGAGACUUCCCUGCUCUAUUGCACUCUUGGGCUUGACUGCUCCAUCCAGGUGACUGGGGUAAACCUGGCAUCCACAAACAAGAUUUUCGUCACUGCGCUGAGUGAUGUUUGUGGCCAGACAAAUCUGAACCAGGCGUAUUUUGAUGAUGCAUUAAACCCAAUCAAUGCGUCCGGCACUAGCUAUGACACCUUUGAGCUCGGUAUUCCUACUGGCGGGCACCCGGGUGAUUACAAGGUAUGUUGGGGUUAUGCUCCAACGCAAGAGUCUGACUACCACGUACCUGUCGCCACACUACGUAUGGGCGGGCCAGUCGCACAGGAUAAUGAGUGCACUUUAAGCGAACCGUGCAAGAUCACGCUAUCAGGUGUCCGCUUUUCACAUGCCAGCAGGCUUCUGAUGAUCUCACAGAGCAGUAAAUGUGGUGAUGCCUCGCCUACUGUAAUCAGUUGGUCAGGGAUUAACAAUCCUGCCUCAACGGACUUGAUGCUGCCACCAGCAGACCCAGGCUACGUGUAUAGUGACGGCGACCGCUAUGAUGCUGGGUUGGGAUUUGCGGGGGUCCCGGGCCUGUACCGAAUCUGCUGGGGGUUUGACCCCUUCAAUGGUGAAGUGGACUACAAGGUCACAGUUGGAAAUUUCGUAAUGAAUGGUCCAGUGCAAGGUAUGGAUAUCGCUUGCACUCUAGGCAAAGCCUGUGUCGUGGAGCCUACGGGUGUAGGCCUGAACGCGACAAAUCAGAUAGAAGUUGUCUCGAACGCAGGUUUGUGUGGGUCCACGGAGGCUGUAGUUGCUACGAUUCCUGGCCUGUCCAGUCCCACUUAUGUCACCGACGGAUCUUACGCCCUUGGCUCCGCAGUCCAGGGUGGUAGCUACGCGGAGUGUCGUGUUCCUUCCCCAGCUCAGAGCUGUAUUGGAACUCACUACCGGAUUUGCUGGGCUCAUGGAGUGCAUGCGGGUGGUGCCAACUUUGUUGUGGAGCUCGGGGUCUUCAGCUUGAGUGGUCCAUACGGAACUUAUCGAGUUGAUUGCACCAUGGGCUCAGUCUGCAGCUUCAAUCUUUAUGGGUCUAAGUUUGCUUCAACCAACAGGAUCCUGCUCAUAGCAAACAGUGGCUCUUGUGGUGAUACUGCUCCCGUUGUGGCUUCCUUUGCCGGUCUCAUGAAUCCUGGACUAUUCGCCAGGAUUUCGGCUGAUGGCUCUUCGGCAACAAUCCGAUUGGGACAGUCCAGUGCGGGACGUCCGGAUUCUUACCGAAUUUGCUGGGGCUUUGAUCCCAUUACCCCUUCAGACUACAAAGUCGAUGUCGGGCUCUUUUACUUUCAUGCGGUGCCGGACGGCUGCACUCCAGGCAUCUUUUCCUACACCUGCUCGUUCUCAGCUGGAGGCAGCAGCGCUGGCACGCGUGGUGCAGCCAAGGCCUUGCUGAUGGCCAAGCCAGCACGGGCUCCGGAGUCGCUUUUAUGGCGCGCAGCCUUGCAGAGCAGACUCCUCUUGGGCGGACGGUUGGGUGUUGGCGAGCCGUUUCAUGCUGGCUACGAGUCGACCCUGUCAAAUUAUGUGGCGGGCAUCCCGUGGCCUGAUUACAUGUGGUUUGGUGCAGAGCCGGCAAACCCGCCGCUCAAGGUCCUGACGGAGAAGUCGCGCCUCUACCACACGGACGUCAUUGAGCGUGCUGUUCUGAAUGGCAGCUUGGCCUGGCUUGGCUUGACGCGCCGCUGGUAUGCUGCUGGCGUUUCGUCGGUACAGGGAGGGCAGGGAUUGUUCCAAACAGGUAUUGAGCGGCGGCGCCAGUUCUUCAUGAAUCUCCGGCUUCAAAGAAACGAGGAUGAUACUUUCUAUGGAAGGGGGGACAAAGCUACUCGGAACGAGUGCCAUUUGAGUGUGGCAUCGACGGCUGUGCCGCAGUUGCGUGCCUACGCUCUGGCGGUCGAGGAGGGGGAGGAGGCGGCGGUGGGACGCGGUAGCGCCUGGAUCCUGGGUGACUCUCACGCAGCGGCCUGUGUGCUGAAGUCCCGGUGCAUGCAGCAAUUGGAAGAAUGCAGCAAAGCUGGGCAGCAUCUCUGCGUGUGGGAUCCUUUCUGCGGGCGGGGCACGCUGCUCUUAGAGGCCUUGGGCCUGGCCUUGGGAGUGCCUCCCGCAAGCCCAGUCAUGAGAAUGCCAUUUCAGGAGUUCCCCAACUUUGACCAGGUCAGAUUCCGCGAGGUGGUACGCUCGAUGGAGCUCUCUCCGUCUCCGCAUGUGUCCAAUCUGGUCCUCAUUGGAAGCCACCGAGAUCCUGACAUUGUGAGAUUGGCGAACCGGAACUUGCAGGCAUUUGCGCGGGCCCUACCCCGGCCACGGUCUGGGCCGACGUCCCUGAUAUGGCCUUUGCCCAGCAGUGAUGUAGCAGAGAAGGAGGAUGCCUUGAGCAUUUCCAAGCGGCGGCUUCCCUGCUCGGUGACAUUUCAGUGCAGUGAUCCCUGGUCGAUGCUGGAGAAGAUCCGUGGACACCCAACCAUGAUCCUUACCAAUGUCCCUUAUGGCAACAAAGCUGACGCCAGAAAAGACCAGCGUUUGUAUGCCAACUUUGGCAAGAUGCUGAAGGCAGAGCAGACGCAGAGAUAUCUCCGAGGCGUUUACUGCCUCUCUGCUCGCGAGGACUUUAAGCGAUUGACGGGGCUGGAUUGGCGAACGGAAUUGCGUUUUCAAUGUGGCGGGGUCCAAGUCGAAUUGCUGCGGUGGACGGGCCGCGCUUCUCCACAGCCUCGGCCUUGGCGGAUGGAAAAAGAAUCGAAAAGCGUCGCUGCCGAGGCUGGGAGAGGGCAAUGUGUUUAG